AUGGAUUCGAGCAGGAAUCCGAAACGCCAGGAUAAUAAAGCUCUUGUCCCGGCGAUUGUGUCUUCUUCUUCACGACCGCUUCCUGGAACUCGUCUCUUCGCUUCUUUUGACACGGACAAGUUGAUUGUCCUUGGUGACUUCAACGCCCUCAUCGGCACAGACCAUGCUGCCUGCAGUGGAGUGCUAGGUUCCCAUGGUCUCCGCGGCAUUAAGGACAGCGAUCUGCUGCUCCUCCGCACCUGCGCAGAACACCGCCUUAUCCUGACGAACACCUUCUUCUGUCUGCCGGAGCGAGAGAAAGCCACCUAG